AUGAUGCAGGUUGACAACACCACUGCAAGCGUGCUCACAGGAAGCGGCAGCCAUACAGCCCACACCGCUGCAAGCGCACCCACAGGAAACUGCAGCCAUACAGCCCACACCAACACAAUCCCAACGGACGAGUUCUAUAUAGAGUCAUCCGGAUCUGACAUUGAAGUACUCCUGGCUUCUCCGGUCAGGAGGUAUAAUCCCAUCCUUGACAGAGAGCUACCAGCAAUUCUGAAGGAGUUUCGUGAGGACAACCUGGACUUCUAUUCCAACAUAAUUGUCAUAGCAAGACGUAAAAACAUUUUAAAGAGUGCAUGUGUGACCCUAUCAAGAGGUUGCUUUGAGUGGCACAAAACUCCCAAUAUUGAGUUUGUGGGAGAAAUGGGAGAGGACUAUGGAGGUCCAAGGAGAGAAUUUUUCAGACUCCUCAUGAUUGAGCUCCAAAGCAACCUUGGAAUAUUUGAGGGCAAACCUGGACAGCUGCUCUUCAGCUACAAUCAGAAGGCUCUAGAUGAAAAUAAAUUGUACACAGCAGGAAGACUAAUGGCCUGGUCCAUAAUUCACAAUCGACCAAGCAUGAAGUGCAUAAACAUUGAGCUUUUCAUGUUAAUGUGUGGCCAGAAACCAGACCUCAGCACAUUUGAUCGUACUAAUUUUCUGGAAAAUGACCUCGUAGAAAAGCUGGCAAUGGUUGUCAGAUGCAACACUGCAGAGGAGCUGACAGAGCUUAAAAACUCCCUGGGGGACUGGAUUUGUGACUGUGGGGUACCCAACAUUUUCACAGCCUCAGUGAGUGAUCUGCCCACAAUUUAUGGGCAGUUAGUAACCCACUACAUCUACCACAGAUUUGCGAGUAUGAUCCAGCAGUUUACCUCUGGGCUGAACUCCUGUGGCCGGUUGUGGGAGGUGGUGCUUAAUAAUUGGACAGCUUUCCACCCAUUGUUUACAAACACAAGAGGUACACUGACAAGAAAUGAAGUCAGAGACCUCUUCAGUAUUGUCUGGAGUUCACCAGGGAGCAGCAGGCGAGACCUUGAGGAGGACACUGUCUUCCAGUGGGAGUGCUGGCUUAUGUUGAUUCAAGAGGAAGAUGUGGGCAUAUCCUUUGAGGAUGUCCUAGUGUUUGUAACUGCAGCAGAUUCUAUCCCUCCACUGGGCUUUCAGCAAAAUUGCCAGGUGGAAUUUUAUGACCAAGAGGAGCCAACCCGCAGAAUUCCAUAUGCUUCAACCUGUGCCCUGACUCUCUAUCUUCCAAGAGGUGUGUCAGAAGAAGAGGAUUUUAGGGAAUUAAUGUUCCUUGCCAUAAAAGGGUCUCUCAGAUUUGGGAAGGUAUAAGCGUCAUCUUCUUAAUCUUCGUUAUGUUUUUAAAGUCAAUAAGCAAUAAGAAAAACAAAGACAUGGUGGCAAGGACUCAAUUUGUAAGUGAGGCAGGUGUCUGUCAAGUGUGGAAACUUAGGCGCACCCCAUUUCAACCUAAAAACAUUUUCUAACCUAAAAACAUUUGGAAGAAUGACUUACCACCAUGUCAUUGUUUUGCUUAUUGCUGCAAAUAUUGCAUGCCAGAAACAAGUGGAUAGGAGGGGUUGAAACCCAUCUGCUUCACCCUCACACAAAGACAUAGCCUGUCACUAGAGAAGAGAAUUGUUCAGAAGGGUUCAUACAAGUUACUGUUGAUUGAAGAUGAAGAUGAAGAGCAGUGAUAAAAUGACAUGCAGAUGAACAUUUUAGAACUUUACAUCUAUAAGAAUUGUGAACUUUCAUUUUUACAUCAAGUUUAAAUGGCUUUACCUUGCCAAGUUUCCAUUUAUUUCCUUUCAGUGUUUUAAAUAGAAUAUUAUAUUCUGGUGUUAUUGUAUUACAAUACAAAACAAAUCAAUGCUUGUGUUCAUUAAAUAAAAACUUCAUUAAUGUUUUUGCAAACAUCUGAAUCUUUUAUAACAGCUCUGGUAAAAUUUUUG